AUGAGGACGACGUUGCAAAUUAUUCCCGAAAAUUUGGACAAACUAUGGAACGAAUGGGAUGUCCGGAUAAUGGUUCUAAGCAGCCUCUGCCUACAAAUUGUUCUUGUACACUUUGGAAGCCGGAGAAAGUUCAGUAGUAGAAACUCGGUGAAAAUUUUCACAUGGAUAGCCUACUUAUCAGCGGACUGGGUUGCUACUGUCGCACUUGGGGUGAUCUCAAGCUUCCGAAGAGAUUGUAACCAAGGGAAUUCCUCGCAUCCAAACAGCCCGAUGAUCAUGGCGUUUUGGACACCGUUUCUUCUUGUGCACCUUGGUGGCCCAGACAGCAUCACUGCGUAUUCACUCGAGGACAAUGAGCUCUGGUUAAGGCAUCUCUUGGGGUUACUAGUCCAAGUCGCGCUCUCACUUCUAUCAAUAUCGAUGUUUAUUGCUGGAAUAAUCAAGUAUGGAGAGAGGACUUGGGUCCUGCGGUCUACAACCAGGGACAGAUACAGAAACUUGUCGGCGCCUAAUACUGAUCAUGGUAAUGCUCAUGUUAGUAGUUUCCGUAAUGACGCCGAGGAAAAAGAAGUAGAGGAUGAUCUAAGAAGCAGGUUAAGUUUUUGGAAAAUGAGCUCCGAAGAUUUGGCAGAGGAGCGAAAACCUAGUGCUUUAGAAGCCACAUUAAUUCAUCAAGCCUGUGUGAUGUUCAAAAAGGUGUUCGUGCGCCUUUACGCAGAUCUCACCAUUGACUUUUUUGAUAGUGAAAACAGUUAUCCUUUGAUUGUGGGAAGUUCAUCAGAAGACUACUUCAAAGUAGUAGAGAUUGAGCUUGGUUUUAUGUAUGAUCUUCUAUACACCAAGGCAACCAUGGUAUACUCUUUCAAAGGUAAUCAUGCGUUGCAAAGGCUGAAUAUUUAUACCGAAUUCUAUUGGACCAUGGGUGAACAUGUACCGUUGGAGAAGACCAUUCAUAUUUGGCACAUUGCAACAGACUUAUGCUUCUACAAUGAACAAAAACACCCUGAUCAUCAUGAGUACAAAUCUCAUGUGAUGAGCAAGUUAUUGUCGGACUAUAUGAUGUAUAUUCUUGUCAUGCAGCCCUUCUUGCUGCCAAAGGGGAGUGGGCAUGUAAGGUUUAAGGACACCUGCGCACAGGCCAGAGAGUUUUUUAGACAGAGAAGACAAAUCAUAAGUAAAGGUGAAGCCGGCGGUCAUCAAGUGUUGUCUGAAAUGUGCAGAGAGUUGGAUUCAGAUGGUAGUGGGACAGAUUCGAAUAUGGGAAGCAAGACAGUCUUGACACAAGGGUGUUGGCUUGCGGAAAAAUUGCAGUCACAAGGAUGGAACUAUGAACAAAAAUGGUAUAUAAUAGGUGAUGUGUGGAUAGAGAUGUUGUGUUACUCAGCAAGCCAAUGUGGAUGGAAGGAGCAUGUUCGACAACUUAGGUGUGGCGGAGAGCUUCUUACUCUUGUCAGCCUUCUUAUGGCAAAUCUUGGAUUCAGUGAACAAUUUCAGCAAUUCAUACAAGAGUGA